UCCGGCCCGAUUCCGGGUCAUCCGUUUGUCCCGGCGCCUUCGGCAUCAUGUCUGCGCCUCGCUGUAGGAGAAAACGGAGAAAAUAGAAGAUCCGCGGUGUUUGGUCCGGAGUCUCAUGGUCCACAUGAAGGAGGCUAAGCUCGGAGGGUGCGCAUGUGUCUUGGUGUUGCUAUUUUCCGGGCUUGUCGCCUGCUCCGGUGUCUUUGGAAGCCCUUUGACUGACGAUGUGGCCACACUGGACACACUGAGAGAAAACAUUCCCAAGGAUUACAAGAUUCGUGUUCGUUACAUUUCCAAAGAAGUGGGAGGGAAGUGCUGGGUUCACCUGAACCUGUAUCCAGCAGAGAUCAGUUUGAAAAAUUUAGCCCUGAAGUUUGGCAACCUUUCAGCCAACAGAGAAAAUAUUACAAUCUUCAUCACCAUGCUGCAAGGACUUCGCUUCACCAUCGAUAACGACGAGCUGGAGUCGACGAUGCAGGCCUUUAAGUGUCAUUAUCGGAGUGCACGCUGGUCCACCAGACGUUAUUUUGACCACGUCAAAGAAGUUCUUGUAACAUUUGCCUCCACACCCCAUCAGUUUUACUGUACUCCUCCUUCGUGUCCCGCCCCUACUACACCUCCAGUUACGUCAGAACGGCGUGUGAUGAACAGAGCGAUCCCUGGUGUUCUAGCGUUACUCGUCAUUCCCUGUCUUGUGGCACUUGUGCUUGUUCUCAGAACAGUGCUUCGUCGUAAAAUGUGCUGUGUAAAAUGGAGUGGUGAGCAGACCGAAGAUGUGGAGCCACAAAGUGACCCUGAAGCCAGUAUAGAUGCGUCACACAAUGACAAUGAAUCAUGUUUCUUAAAUAACCAAUACAGGGUGCAGCAGGUUGAGGACACAGGAGUUUAAUCCAGCACACCUGAUGGCAUUCUUUGGAUAUAUGAAGUGCAUAAUGAAGGGCGUUGAACAGAAACCCAGGAUCGAACGAUCUCUCACCACCCUUCUUUGUGGGAUGAAAAUUUGUACUCUAAACAGUUAGCCAUGUGUAUGAUGAAUACCCAACAAAUGACCUCACUUUCAAGAAUCUUAACAUCUUCCGCCCCCAGCACCGGACUCUCCAGCUGCCCGAUAGAUAGUAAAUCAAUGCGCUUUUGCUGGAUUGCACAAACAAGAAGGCAUCCUCGAAAACAGCCUGCUGGAACGCUUUGGUGAUUUAGUGGUUUGGCCGGAACAGGAAGCGCAGCUCUUUUGAAGAAGUGGUCACGGCAGAGGCGUGACCGCUGCGAUGCCUGCGGCAGGUCCGUCUCUUUGAGGCUGUCUGCUGGUGCUCCAGGCCUUAUUUUUGGAGGACAAACGGCUUUUUUGUGUGCACUGCCGAGGCUUCCUGCACGUUGCGGCACAGUACUACGGCAGAACAGUGGGCGUACUUGUCCUGGCGGCAUGCACAGUCGGGAGCGAUGGAUGGCGGAUGAAAGAUCCGUUGCAGAUUGUAGUUCAUUCAUCGUUUCAGGAUUUCUCUGUGCGGACAGUGGAGAGUGUCAACUGAUGUGGGUGUAAGAGGUACAACGGUGGUGACGGUUGCAUUGUGUAUUACAGGAGUGUGUUUGUUUGUGUGGGAAGCAUGAUAAGAGGCAUCACACUCAUGUUAUUAAAAGCCAAGGUCAUCUUGUAUGCGGGAUGGAUUGUUUGUGGUGGUCAAAUUAAAAUGCAACAAUUGUAUGAGCUGGCCCACUCCAAAAGUACGUCCUUUUCAAACCGAAAAAAACAAAGCCGGCCCACUCUUACCACUUAAUUCGGCAUUAAAUUCCUGUGGUAUGGCAGUGAUCCGAACCCAUACAAAUCUGGCAUGCAAGAAUACAACCAGAGCACCGCAUUGAUCAGACUGUAGUCUUACAGCCGGGCAACUUUUGGUCCCAAAUUUUUUUUUUUUUUAAGAUUUCUAAUGAUAUAAAAAAAAAGAAAACCUUAUGGCUGCUUAUCAUUGAUUACCUUUUUAUCCUCAGGAUAUUUGCCAUCACUAUAACUGGUUCUUAUGUAGAAAUCAACACAAAUAGUCCAAAUGAAUUUGAGGUUGGCUUUACACCGUACAUAACCAACUCCCUAGUGUUGAAUUAACAGGAAGUGUUAAAUCGACACUGGGGAUUUUACACUGUAUGGCUACAGUAUUCCUAGGUCGUGAAUUGUGGAUCGGUGGUCAUAGAAUCCAGAGGCAAUUUUUUUCCUCCACUGUGACAGUAUCUACUAUUUUCUUUUAAUGCUGCUACAAUACUUGUGUAAAAACCACCAACAGGAGGACGACACACAAUUGUGCAAAACUCAGUGGCAAAAAAAACAAAACAAAAAAAAAACAUGCUUAUGCUCGGAGAUGAAUAUCCUUAUUACCUCAAGCUCGUGUUGUAGAAUGUUCCUGUUUGUGCGAACCUGUUGACUGAUGAUAUAAGCAUCGAUCCGGGCUCCUUUAAAAGGGAUCUUCAUCAUAUAACCUAAUAUUUAUUGGGAUCAUCUUAUAAAGCGUGACGCUUACUAAUGAUAAACGAGCGCUGCGAAGGGUUCGCACAGAAUUUUAGCUCUGUCACUAAUAAACAUACAAACAGGAGGAGAAAGAGCCGACUGUUUUCGUGACAAUAAGCAGAGAGUCAAAGUGCAUGAGAAUCGAGGCCACAUGAUGGAACUGAGUCACAUCCCAUAAUUCGAUUCUCACUUGGUGUGUCUGUUUCACUUGGCUUCCGAAGACGGGUUUAUCCAUGCAGCUGCCCCGGACCACGGCUUACAGUACGUCUGGGCUGAAGUCGAUAACACAGGACUGUCUAUUGACAACGUUUCGAGGCAGAGAUUGAUGAAGAGGAAGCGGUGCUGAACGUCCAUCAUCCUUCCGAACAUUGUGCUGAGCAAUUUUCUCCCUGACUCAGAUUCAGUGCCAGUAUUAAAAAGGGCAAUUUGCUGCCCAUUCAGGUUUAGGUGGAGGAAGUCUGAAGCUCUUUUGUCCCUCCUAGCUCAUCAACUGUCUCUCUUUCUCAUUAACAAUGCGUCCGCUGUCCACUAUUGUCAUAAAGCGUGACCUCCGGCUCGCGAUAUAUGAGGUCAGUAAUGGCAGACUGGCUAUCAUCAACCGCGAAGGAGCUUUGACAAAGACUUCUCUCAUGCGUCCACAGACACACCGCUUUUUAUGGUGUUAUUAGUCAUACUCCGGACUAAGCCCACUCUCUGCACACCAACUCGGAUCUGAACAGCACAGCUACACACAAGGCACACAUAUAGCCUGUGCACUCACAAUCCAGACACCGCUAAUCAACACCAUAUGAUUCUAGCAUCAUUCAGUGACUUCUUGAGUCAGACCGUAGCACCGAGUGGGGGAAUAAGUCUGUGACUCACAAAACUGUCUGUUUGAUGUCACAACAAGAUCGAAAUCUCAUGUCAAAGUUGUAAGCGAGCCAAAGGGUACGUGGCAUGUGAUGUUUGUCUCUUCUUCUUCUUUUUUUUUUUGUAUAAUUUAUUUAUUGGUUACAAUGACAUAAAUAAUAAUGUGUCAUACUGUAUGAUUAUGCUAUUCUCCAAUGUUAACACCAGAAGCAGUAUUUAUUUUAUCUUCAAUUUACUUGACCAGUAAUACUUGACACUAAUUAUCCUGCAGGAUUUCGCAUUUUCAAAGUAAAUACUUGCCUAAUAUACAGAGCUGGAUUUAUUUAUCAGUAAGCUAACCAGUUUCAUUUUGUUCAAUGUAACUAAAGUGAGCUAAUGCAAAAUGGACCAAAAGGUAGUUUGCUGUCCCGCUAAUUCAUCUUCCUAUGCCUUACUUGUCAAUAAGCAA